GGGAAACCGUGUGACAACAAGAUGGCGGCGCCGCGGGCGGCUCCGCGGCCCUGCGUGGGAGUUCCUGACAGCUAGAAUCUAGAAGUAGAACUAUGAGCUCACCUUUGGCCUCCCUUGGCAAGACCCGGAGAGUGCCUCUGCAGUCGGAACCUGUGAAUCCGGGGAGGCGAGGGAUAAAAAUCUACGGAAAUGAAGAUGAGGUGGACAUGCUGAAUGAGGCGCACGGCUUGGAAGAAAGGAUCUCCGUCCCUUCCUGCUAUGGUGGCAUAGGUGCCCCUGUGAGUAGGCAAGUCCCCGUGUACCAUGACUCGGAGCUGAUUGCCACCAUGAUGAGGAAAGUGCGGGAUCUGGAGCGGCAGGUGAAGGCCCAGACUGACGAGAUGCUGUCCAAGGAUCGGAAGAUAAAGGCCCUGGAGGAAUUGGUGGAGUCCCUCCAGGAGCACCAGGGCACGGCGACCCUGCGGCGGCAGGAGGAGCUGGAGACCACGUGUGCACAGCUGCAGCGGCAGGUCGAGGAGAUGGAGCGGUUCCUGGGUGACUACGGCCUGCAGUGGGUGGGCGAGCCCAUGGAUGAGGAGGACUCAGAGGAUGGUGAGAGGGACUGGAUGACAGCCAAGAAGUUCUGGAAGCCAGGGGACUCAUUGGUACCCCCUGAGGUGGACUUUGACAGGCUGCUGGCCAGCCUGAAGGAUCUCAGUGAGCUGGCGGUGGACAGUGACACUCAGUUGACGCCAGUGCCCGGCAGAGUGCCAGCCCGUGUCCUUGAGCCCAUCCCGCUGAAGCUGUAUCGGAAUGGCCUCGUGAUGUUCAGUGGGCCCUUCCGGCCCUUCCAUGAUCCCUCCACACAGCGCUGCCUCCGAGACAUAUUGGAUGGCUUCUUCCCCUCAGAGCUCCAGCGGCUGUACCCUGAUGGGGUCCCCUUUAAGGUGAGUGACCUGCACAAUCAGGUCUACCCAGAGAAUGGGCUGGAACCGUUCCCAGGCGAGGCCCGAGUGGUAGGCCGGCAGAAGAUUCGAGAGCCCUUGGACAGGAUGGAGCACCCAGGCUCCAGGAUGACUGCCGAGAAGUUUCUGAAUAGGCUUCCCAAAUGUGUGAUCCGACAAGGUGAGGUGAUUGACAUUCGAGGUCCCAUCCGGGAUACCCUGCAGUCCAACCUGAUUCCCAGCUUCAGCCACAUGACUCCUCCUCAUCCUUCAGUCACAGCGCAGGUGUCGUUUCCCCAGGGAAGCCUUCCCUGACCCAUGCUGGGUUAGGCAUCCAGCCUGGUUGCCAUCUGUGUGGGGUUCUGUCUCCCCCACUGGAAUGAGGGACGGGAAUGAUGGGGCCACCCCCCAAAGCGUCCCUUCUAUUUCCUCUCCUUGGGCCCCAGUUGACACACAAUACCCCCUUCCCCCUUUGGCUCACUGGUCUCACCUCCAUCCCUAGUCAGGGAGGAGUCCCCUGUAGGUGCUGGGGGGAGGGGACUGGUGUGACUCUGGCAGGGCCCAGGGCUCUGUCCACUCCAUCGAUACCUUCCAGAACUGCUGCCCAUUGCC